AUUAGUAUGAUAGAGGAGGAGAAGGGGGGCGAUUGAUUAGGUUUAAAAAAUGGCGGCGUCUUUUGGGGCUACGAGGGCUGAAAUCUUCGACCGCGAAGCGCGAAAACAACAAUACCAAGCUCACGUUCAAGGUCUUAAUGCUUAUGAUCGGCACAAGAAGUUUUUGAAUGAUUACGUUGCUUUCUAUGGAAAGGAAGUAUCUAAGCAAGAAAAGUUGCCAAGUAAAACUGAUCAUGACACUCUUAAGGAAGGAUAUCGCUUUAUACGAUCAGAGGAAGAUGACCUGGAUCCAUCAUGGGAACAGAAGCUAGUGAAGCGGUAUUAUAAUAAACUUUUCAAAGAGUACUGCAUUGCUGAUAUGUCACACUACAAAAAUGGAAAGAUUGGCUUGAGAUGGAGGACAGAGAAAGAAGUCAUGUCUGGGAAAGGGCAGUUUGUAUGUGGCAAUAAGCAUUGCAAUGACAAAGAUGGGUUAGGAAGCUAUGAGGUGAAUUUCUGCUAUGUAGAAGCAGGUCAAGAGAAACAGGCAUUGGUGAAACUUGUAGCUUGUGAGCGGUGUGCAGAGAAGCUUGUUUACAAAAGAAGAAAGGAAGAGGAGCUGGUGCGUAAGAGAGAGAUAGAACUGGAGAAGACAAGGGAAAGGUUAUCAAGUGGUGAAGAUUCCGAUUCUGUAUCAGGUGGUGGUAACAAAGAAAGAAGAAAGAGGGAGAAUGAGAAAUCUCAAAAGAAGAAGAAGAAGAAGAGGAAAAGGUCAAAUAGUGAUUGUGAUGUAAAAAAUGAUGAAGAGAUGGCCAAGCUGGAAAAGAGAUCAGGAGGAGAGAAAAGGGCUUCUUCGACUUCAGCCAGGAAUAAGAAGGAACAAGAUGAUGAUGAUGAUGAUUUUGACUACUUGUUUGAAGGAAUGUUCCCACCUGGGGACAAGUAAUUUAUUUCUCAUGAGUCGUGACUAGUACUUGAAAGAUCAUGAUCUGUUUCUAGUG